AUGUCUCAGCAACCCCAGCGAGGCAAGCAGCCGGCCCACCCCAAGGCACCCGAGCCGCUGCACCCGAAGGUGCCCGCGACCUGCCACCUGAAGACUCCAGAGCAGGGCCACCCGAAGGCUCCAGAGCAGACCCACCCGAAGGCUCCAGAGGCGGCCCACCCCAAGUUGCCCUCAACGUGCCACCCGAAGACUCCUGAGCCGGGCCACCCAAAGGUUCCUGAGCCGGCCCACCCGAAGGCUCCAGAGCCGGCCCACCCGAAGGCUCCAGAGCCGGCCCACCCCAAGUUGCCCGCAACGUGCCACCCGAAGACUCCUGAGCAGGGCCACCCAAAGGCUCCUGAGCCGGCCCACCCGAAGGCUCCCGAGCAGGCCCACCCGAAGCCUCCAGAGCCGGCCCACCCCAAGUUGCCCGCAACGUGCCAUCCGAAGACUCCUGAGCCGGGCCACCCAAAGUUUCCUGAGCCGGCCCACCCGAAGGCUCCAGAACCGAACCACCCGAAGGCCCCCCAACCAGGCCAUCAUAAGGCCCCUGAACCGGGCCAUCAUAAGGCCCCCGAACCGGGCCAUCAUAAGGCCCCCGAACCGGGCCAUCAUAAGGCCCCCCAACCGGGCCAUCAUAAGGCCCCCGAACAGGGCCACCCUAAAACCCCAGUGCUAUGCUCACCUCCCACCCAGCAUAAAGCCCCCCCAGCCCAGCAGGUGCCCCAACCCAAGAACAAGUAGGUUCCUCCAUGUGUCCCGCUGGAAGCCCCCCGCCCCCCGCCCUCCCCAAGCCCCAGGUCACUGACCACACGGCAAAACGGCUCCGACCAUUCAAUCCCGCGGCCUUUCUAUAGCCGGACACGGGGUGGGCUCCGCCACCGAGCCAAACUCAUCUGGAGAGAUCCGGAGACCCCCACACCAGCGACCUCUCCCCCUCUUUCCCUCCCUCCCUCUGGCUCCUAUCUGCUCUCUCUGGUCUCCCUCUCCCCCCACCUUAAUAAACUUUUAUCUCUCAGUGAAA